CCAUGAAAAGGGACGACAACAUGAAUAUUAGUCCUGAUGUCACACAGGAAGCUGCUCAGAGCUCAGUUGAUUUUCCAGACUCGACUUGUUUGUCCAUGAAAAGUGACAACUCCAUGAGUAUUCGUAAUGACUUUAAAAAGAGAAGUGCUGAGAGCUCAGUUGAUUUUCCUGCCUCGUCCUGUUUGUCCAUGGAAAGUGACAACUCCAUGCAUGUUGAACAACUCUUUAAAAAGGAAGGUGCUGAGAGCUCGGUUGAUUCUGAGAAAUCAUCAGACUUUCCUGCCUCGUCCUGUUUGUCUUCGAAGAGUGACCGUUCCAUGCAUGUUCGUAAAAAGUUAAAGAAGGAACAUGCUGAGAGCUCAAGGGACCAACAUGGCUGUUCAGAAUCCAGCAAGAUGGAUGGAAAUGCCAUAUUUAAGCUGGUGGAAGAACACAGCGUGAACAUUUUGCUGAGUGAGCUGAAAAGGUAUAAAAAGAUGCUCUUUCCACAUCUGUCACAAUCUGAGAAUGAAAAACAGGAUGAAGAUAAAACACAAGAGACGAGCUGCAGUGACGGGGUGCUAAAGAUCGCUCUGCAUGUCCUGAAGGAAAUGGGCCAAACAGAGCUCGCUAACAAACUGGAGAAAGGUAAGGAAUACGUAUGUAUUAUAUACUUAUGUAUAUGUAUGAUAUGUGAUAUGCUUAGAAAUGCCAUUAUUUGAUAUUGUGCUAUAUUUAACUAGCCUGGUAUUGCCAGAUCAUAAAGUGUGCAUAAAGUGUGAAGGCAAGUUGCCGAGGGCCAGAGCAAAUAAAACAUGAGCACACAGAUUGGUUUAGUUGACAGGCUAAUACUUAACACUAAGUGCA